GAUCCCAGGCAGCGCUGGGCGUCCGCCCCUCCCGCCCCGCGGCGAGUGUAAACUCACCGCGCCGGGGCGGGCGGCCGCGCGCGGGCAAGUGGGCUGAGCUGGGCACUGAGCCGGGGCGCACCGCUCGGGGGACCCAGGCCCCGCCACCUCCCUCCGUCCCCGGCUCCGUUCUCUCUGCCGCGCAGUGCUUGGACGAGAAGCGGGAGCCAUGCAGUCGGAAUCGGGGAUCGUGCCAGAUUUCGAAGUCGGGGAGGAGUUUCACGAAGAGCCCAAAACCUAUUACGAACUCAAAAGUCAACCCCUGAAGAGCAGCAGUUCCGAGGAGCAUCCUGGGGCCUCCAAGCCUCCAAUAAGCUCCUCCAGUAUGACAUCACGCAUCUUGCUACGCCAGCAACUCAUGCGUGAGCAGAUGCAGGAGCAGGAGCGCAGGGAGCAACAGCAGAAGCUGCAGGCGGCCCAGUUCAUGCAGCAGAGAGUGCCUGUGAGUCAGACACCAGCCAUAAACGUCAGUGUGCCCACCACCCUUCCCUCUGCCACCCAGGUGCCAAUGGAAGUCCUUAAGGUGCAGACCCACCUCGAAAACCCCACCAAGUACCACAUACAGCAAGCCCAAAGGCAGCAGGUAAAGCAGUACCUUUCUACCACUUUAGCAAAUAAACAUGCCAACCAAGUCCUGAGCUUGCCAUGUCCAAACCAGCCUGGCGACCAUGUCAUGCCACCAGUGCCGGGGAGCAGCGCGCCCAACAGCCCUAUGGCCAUGCUCACACUUAACUCCAACUGUGACAAAGAGGGAUUUUAUAAGUUUGAAGAGCAAAACAGGGUGGAGAGCGAAUGCCCAAGUAUGAACACGCAUUCGCGAGCGUCGUGCAUGCAGAUGGAUGAUGUAAUAGAUGACAUCAUUAGCCUGGAGUCAAGUUAUAAUGAAGAAAUCCUGAGCUUGAUGGAUCCUGCCUUACAAAUGGCAAAUACGUUACCUGUCUCUGGAAAUUUGAUUGACCUUUAUGGCAAUCAAAGUCUGCCACCCCCAGGCCUCACCAUCAGCAACUCGUGUCCAGCCAAUCUUCCCAACAUAAAAAGGGAGCUCACAGAGUCAGAAGCAAGAGCAUUGGCUAAAGAGAGGCAAAAAAAGGACAAUCACAACUUGAUUGAAAGAAGAAGAAGAUUUAACAUAAAUGAUCGUAUUAAAGAACUAGGUACUUUGAUUCCGAAGUCAAAUGAUCCAGACAUGCGCUGGAACAAGGGAACCAUCUUAAAAGCAUCCGUGGACUAUAUCCGAAAGUUACAGCGUGAACAGCAACGUGCAAAGGAACUUGAAAACCGACAAAAAAAACUGGAGCACGCCAACCGGCACUUGUUGCUCAGAAUACAGGAACUUGAAAUGCAGGCUCGAGCUCAUGGACUUUCCCUUAUUCCAUCCACGGGUCUCUGCUCUCCAGAUUUGGUGAAUCGGAUCAUCAAGCAGGAACCCACUCUUGAGAACUGCACCCAAGACCUCCUUCAGCAUCAUGCAGAUGUACCCUGUACAACAACUCUUGAUCUCACAGAUGGCUCCAUCACCUUCAACAGCAACCUCCGAAUGGGGACCGAGAGCAGCCAAGCCUAUAGUGUCCCCACAAAAAUGGGAUCCAAACUGGAAGACAUCCUGAUGGAUGACACUCUUUCUCCUGUUGGCGUAACUGACCCACUUCUUUCAUCAGUGUCCCCCGGAGCUUCCAAGACAAGCAGCCGAAGGAGCAGUAUGAGCAUGGAAGAAACCGAGCAUGCUUGUUAGCAAAUCCUCCUGCUCUGCAUCCUCACAAACUGCUUCCUUUCUUGAUCAGCAGAUUUAACAAUUUACCUGAAGGGGUUUUCUUGAUAAUUUUCCUUUAAUAUGACUUUUUUUUUCAUGCUUUAUCAAUAGCCCAGGAUAUAUUUUAUUUUUUAGAAUUUUGUGAAACAGACUUGUAUAUUCUAUUUUACAACUACAAAUGCCUCCAAAGUAUUGUACAGUAUGUGUACAGUAUCUGUGAACUGAAUUCACCCCAGAAUUUAGAUUUCUGAGCAAGAGGAUUUUGCAUCAGAGAAAUUCUGUCAAUUUUUAUUAAGAGGAGACUGGGUUUGAGAUUUUUUAUGCCUGUGACUUCUUUGGAAAUGAAAUGUAAAGUUUAAUUAAAAGAAUGUAAAGCAGCCAAAAAAAAAGAAAGAAAGAAAGAGAGGAGAAAAAAGAAAAGCAGGAAAGAAAUCCACACUAAUCCUUUUCCAUUUUGUAAUGUAUCGAUUUAUUGGUACUGCCUUAAAGAUACAGUACCUUUCUUGCAUCAUUUACUCUUUAUACUGCAAACUAUUUAAAUAAAUACUAUAUUCUGUAAAAGAAAAAAAAUGCAACCAUUUUCACAAGGAUUGUUUGGUCAACACGUGUAACUAGUACCUUACUUAGGUGCAACUGAAAUUCAAGGGAGACAGACCAAGGCUCUCAGCCACUGUGUGCUGUUAGCUUCCCUCAUCAAUAAGUGUGACUCAGUUUUUCAUAAGAUAUACUUUAUUUUGAAAUGGAAGUUAAUGUCCUCUCAAAGUAAAAUAUUGAGGAGCACUGAAAAUUUUAUUUCUUUUUUUCCUUCCAUUUUGCUUUUGAUAAGGAAACCCAACUGUGCGCAUUUCUAAUCGGCUUUACUAUUUUUAUUUUUUAAAUUAUGUUUUACUGUUCAUUUGAUUUGUACAGUUUCUUUAUUAUUAUCAUUCUUUUCAAUAUGUUUGUCUUAAUUUGUAAGGAUAUGCAUCUUAAAAUGGCAAGUUUUCACUAUUUUUACAUCUCACUGGUGGUUUCCCGCAUUCUUUGUACACAUGCGUGAAAGAAAACUUUCAUGCAAGGUCUUGUGUUUCAAGAGAGCUUUGUGAAUAUUUUGUAUAUUCCAGUCUCACCAGAACUGUUUUUCCACACAUGUAAGGUAUAAUAUUAACAGGUUAAAAUCAGUUUCCUAGAAAUAAUAAACUUACAUAUUUAUUUUUAGUGAUAGAAAUGUGGCAAUAGUCUUGGAGACUGAUAGCCAUAGUGUUAACAUGCCCAUUAUGGUCAUUUAAAUUGGGGUUUAUUUCAGCAAACUUGCUGAAGUUUUUUAAAGAAAGAAAUACUGUAUUGGCAAAUUACUGUUACUUGAUAACAAUGUUUUCACAAGCAGUGACUCUGUAUAGUUAGAUUCAGUGCAUUAUCUACUUAUGUAGUCCUAUGCAAUAACAGUAGUGUUACAUGUAUUCUGUCAGGCCUCGAUGUUUCAUGCAGAUGACAUGUGGUGUUAAGAGCCAGGCUGUGGAAUGGAAUUUCUCAGUAGCAGCCUACAGUUGAAUAGGAAGUGGCAUAAAGCAUAUCCAUUCAGAAUGAAGUGCCUUAAAUAUAACAGUAGUCUUUUUUGGACUAGCACUGACUGAACUGUAAUAUAGAAGAAAGUUUCAAGAAGGUAUCCAUAGUCAAGGGGAACAUAUAGCAUGGUGCCUAUGUAAAGAGCUUCCAGUUUCCUUCAGAUAUUUUUAAUAUUAAAUAUAUUUUAGUGACAGUGCCAACUUCUUUCAUCAGGAAACCUUAUUCAGGAGGUUUUUUUUUUUUUUAAAAGAAAACAAGUUUAAAUGUCAAAUGUGAACUGGUGAUGGGUGUUGGAGAAUUCAGAGAGGAGUGAUUGUCAGAUGUAUGAAUGGAUGGCUUAUGUGAAUAUAAUCAACUGCAUCGUUCGUAUGCAUGUUGGGCAGUGAGAAUCCUUGGAAACAUUGAUGAUGCUAUCAGUUUUAUAGCUUUAUUAGUUAAGGGGGUAGGGAAAAUUAGUUCCCAUUCUUUCAACCCACUUGAUUGUAUAGCUCUUUUCCUAGAAUAGUGAUGCAAAUCUGCAUGAGCAGCAAAGUGUACCAUAGUGUUCAUUGAUACAAUCAUAGCAUUGUCUAUUUUUCUCUUCAUAUUUAUAUGGGGGGAGGGGAGCUGGAUGCAAAAGUGGAAAAUCAUAAUGGUAUGAUGCUAGUUUUCUUUAGCUGAUUUCAAGGGUUCUUAAAAAUAGAGUGAGGUUGACUAACUCAUGGUCCAGGGAAUGUGGCCGGGUUAAGCAACCUGAUAGAAAGCUUUGUUGAGUGAAAGCAUGGCAUCUUGUACCACUACCCUGACCUGACUCGCAACUCCUGAGCUCACCAUUGCCUGCUUCUCUGUCCCCUUCUUAAGAGACAAUUUCUGGGAGUGGCAGGUGAGAAAGCCCAGGAGAAUGCUGCAAUCUCAGGGGUGGUUUUAUUUAUUUCUUGUUUGCCAAAUAGAGUGUGGAUUCACUUUAGGGACUAGUUAAGCCAAGAGGUAGUGGUUUGGGUUCACCAUUUUGUGACAAUGACAGAAUGAUCCACACCACUCCCCCCAUCCCUGGGUGCAGAAUUGUGACUUAGGGUUGGGUCUCUAUAUGGAGUAACCAAAAUGCCAAACUUGUCCACCUGCCUCUGGGUAAGGCAAUGGAAAUACCAAACCUUCUGACUUUGCCAAAAACCAUACAACCAACCUGGUCACAUAUAGGAUGACAAAGUUCUUUCUGGUUGUUUUUAAAUAAUAAAGCAAUAAGAACAAAUAAAAUACAUAGGAAGUUAAAAGACAUAAAAUAAAGCACAAAGGAAUGCACUUACUAACAUUUUUUAAAAAUGCACUGGGGGAAAGUUAAUGUUGAUAACAGUAUAUUUAAAAACCCUAUUUCUUGAAAAAAAUGACAAAUGACUGUCUCUUGCGGACACUUGGUACUGUAAUGUUAAAUAGUCACCUGCUGUUGGAUGCAGCAAUAAUUUCUGUAUGGUCCAUAGCACUGUAUAUUAUGGAUCGAUAUUAAUGUAUCCAAUGAAAUAAUUGAACUGUUGUUCUUGAUAGCCUCAUUAAAGCAUUUGGUUUUUCACAUA